AUGACGCGGCGGGAACAGAGCGCCCGGAUUGGCUGCCCGAGGUGCCAUUGCGGCGCUGCGCCCGCCCUCCCCCAGGGCUCGGCUGCGCGGCGCGGCGGGAAGGCGGCGGCCGCUGCCAGGCUGGGCUCUGGGCCGGGGCUCGCUCGAUUCUCGGGGACCCCCCGGCUCUCGGGGACCUCUUGGCCGGCGUCCUGCCAAGGGGGGGAUGCGCCUUUCACCGCCCGUCUCCGGUUCGGCUCAGCCGUGGUUCUUGUCUCCUCACGGCUGCGGCAGUGCUGGCACCGGCAGGAGGGUUCCCGCAGCCCCAGUGCCACCUCGGUUUCCUCCCCGAUAAACCACACGUGGGAAGGCUUCUUUUCUCAGUGGGGCUCCUUGUACAAGAUAACCAGGAUUAAAGACCACAACCAGUCACUGAAUAAGAAAAUCCCCGAGAAGAGAGAAACAGCUGGAGGGAGGCCAAAGCCGCUGCCAAAAGAUGCUUCAGUGAUGCACCCAUGCACGCACAGGCUGCCGGCGCUCCCGUCUCGCUGCAAACGCCACCCGCGGGUCACCUCGCGGCAGAUGCGGUGUCCCCCGGGCGCCUUUCCCAGAGUAGCGGUGCAGCGCGCUGGCAAUUCAAACAACCUUAAAUCUUUACGACAAGGCGUCCUGCUCCGCACUGGCCCACACGCACCCGCGGAACGCGCCCUUCCGGCGGAGGCGCGGCUCCGUCCCGUGCGCGGGGCGCUCCCGGCGGAAGCGGCGGCGGGGCGGGGCGUGGCGGCCAUGGCGGCGGAGCGGUGGCAGGAGCUAGGGCGGCUCUCGGCACUCGCCGUGUACCGCCGGGUGGCGGGGACCGGGCGGAUGGAGCGGCGCCGCCGCGGGGCCCCGCUGCCUGCGGGUCGCAAGCGGCCCAAGGCCCGCCCGAGGCGCGGCCAGGCGGGAGGCGGCGGCUCGGAGCCGGAGGCGCCGCCGCCCGCCGCGCCCCCGAGCCACGUGGAGCUCCCCGUGGAGGCGCCCCUGGAUCCUGGCGAGGCGGCGGCGGCCGCCGGGCCUGACGCGAAACCGCGGGGCGGCCCCAAGGCGAUGCCGGGCGGCCCGCGGCCGGCGGGGGAGGACGGCGGCGGCGUGACGGAGGUGCUGCAGCGGCUGGCGCGGCUGGAGGACAGCCGGCAGCGGGCGGCCGAGCUCUUCCGCUGGCUGCUGGCCCCGGUGGCGCCGGCGGAGUUCCUGGGGAGGCACUGGGAGCGGGCGCCGCUGCUGGUGCGGCGGGGCGACCCCGGCUACUACGCGGGGCUCUUCUCCACGGCCGACUUCGACGCCGCCCUGCGAGGAGGAGAGGUUCACUUCGGCACCCAUCUGGAUGUGACCAGCUACGCCGAUGGAGUGCGGGAGACGCACAACCCCUCCGGCAGAGCCCUGCCCGCUGUCGUGUGGGACUUCUACCAGAACGGCUGCUCCCUGCGCCUCCUCUGCCCGCAGGCCUUCUCCCCCACCAUCUGGCACUUCCUCUCCAUCCUGCAGGAGCAGUUUGGCAGCAUGGCGGGGGCGAACACCUACCUCACGCCCCCGGGUACGCAGGGCUUUGCCCCCCACUAUGAUGACAUCGAGGCCUUUGUGCUGCAGCUGGAGGGGAAGAAGCACUGGCGUGUCUACAGGCCCCGAAGAGAUGCUGAGGUACUGCCCCAGUUCUCCAGUGCAAACCUCACGCAGGCUGAACUCGGCGAGCCUGUGCUGGAGACGGUGCUGGAGCCCGGGGACCUGCUGUACUUCCCCCGUGGCUUUAUCCACCAGGGUGAUUGUCUCCCUGAUGCGCAUUCUCUCCACAUCACUGUGUCUUCCUACCAGAGGAAUUCCUGGGGGGACUUUCUGGAGAAGCUCCUCCCAGCUGCCCUGCAGAUGGCCCUGGAGGAAGACCUGGAGUACCGACGAGGGCUUCCCAUGGACUACCUGCAGUAUAUGGGGGUUGCUAACUCAGACAAAGUUGAUGCUCGGCGAACAGCCUUUGUGGAGAAGGUGCAGAGUCUGAUAAAGAAACUCCUUGACUAUGCACCCAUCGAUGCUGCUGUGGAUCAGAGAGCCAAGUCGUUUCUUCAUGACUGUCUCCCUCCAGUGCUCACACAAAGUGAAAAGGCGCAGAGUGUCUAUGGCUUCCCGGCCCGCUGGCAAGAUGGAGGCCCCUGCAAUGUUGAUAUCCAGAUAACAAAAGACACUGAAGUACGCCUGCUCCGUCAUGGCAUCAUUAGGCUGUGUAAUGAAGAAGCAGGUGUGAUGCUGUACUACACUACAGAAAACUCAAGAGUGUAUCAUAAGGAAGAACCCAAGUUCCUUGAGCUAGAUCCUGAGUAUACAGACAGUAUUGAAUUUCUCCUGUCUUCCUAUCCAAAUUACAUCAGUGUGGAUAAUCUUCUAUGUGAAACCUUGGAGGAAAAGAUUUCUCUAGCUACACUUCUGUUUGAGAAGGGUAUUCUGACUACAAAGAAGCCUCUGGCACAAGUCUAACUCUUAUUUUUUCACUAAAUAAACGUACACCUGUUUAGAAAA